CCCAUCCACCCAAGUGAAUCCUGACACCAUGUGCUACUACGGCGGCUGCUAUGGGGGCCUGGGCUAUGGCUAUGGCUCUGGUUAUGGCUGUGGAUGUGGCUGCUUCCGUGGCCUCGGCUAUGGAGGCUAUGGUUGUGGAGGCUGUGGCUAUGGAGGCCUGAGGUAUGGAGGCUAUGGCUGUGGCUGUGGAAGCUGUGGCUAUGGAGGUCUGGGCUAUGGAGGCUAUGGCUGUGGCUGCUGCCGUCCAUCUUGCUGUGGAAGGUAUUCUUCCUAUGGCUUCUACUGAAAAACCCCUUGCUUCUGGGCUCUCAAGGAAUCUAUAAUCCUGGAAGGACAUCACCUUACAUCUGUGUCUACAACUGGGCUACAUGGGAAAGUUACCACAACAGGGUCUAACAAUCCUCAUGGCACACUCAGGGCACCAAAGUGGCAGUAACCAAGAAACAGCAGGACCUGUCCUUCUGGCAAGUGAUACAGACUCUCACCUGCCAUGAGAGUGACUUCUCCAGCAACUCCUUCCCAACAACUUGGCUCCCUUCUCAUACAUUAUUGUGUCUUUUAUGCUUUGCAAUAAACUUGUU